UCGACGCGGCGACGCUGGUCUGGCUGCACUGCCCCCGCCGGCGCGAUGAAUGGGCUCCUCAUUGACAAUUCUCAACCAAUCACCUCUCAGGUCUGGUCGCAUGCCCCGUCGAUGCGCACCGCACGCUCCGCCGCCAUCGCCGCCGUCUUGGGCGGGAGGAUGCUGGUCGCCGGCGGCGUCGACGAGAACUACGAGCGGCUUCGCUCUGUCGAGGCGCUCGAGCCGGUCGCGAGCACGUGGAGCUUCCUCACACCUCUCUGCGCCAAUGCUUCCCUCCCCCCUGUCGAGGCGUUUGAGCCGGUCGCGAGCACGUGGAGCGCGGUGUCGCCGAUGCUCGAGGCGCGCUGCGAGGCUGCGGCGGCGGUGCUCGAUGGCACGCUGUACGUCUGCGGCGGCGACGACCGCGUCGGCGGCUGCCGCAUCAAUCAGCUCGCUAGAUGGCCGAGCACCGGUUGCCUUCUCAGGUAACGACCGCGUCGGCGGCUGCCUCCGCUCCGUGGAGCGGCUGAACGAGGCGGGCGCGUGGGAGGCGGCGCCUCCGAUGCUUUGCGCUCGGCGCUGCGCCGUCGCCGCAGCGCUCGACGGGCUUCUCUACGUGUGCGGCGGCCGGGACGAGGAGCCCGGCCGCCUGAGGACGCCGAGCUGGGACCGGCUCCUCUGUGACUGUCUGGUUCGUGGGUAGGACUCGGGCUGCCUGCAGUCCGUCGAGUGCUACGACCCUGCGACGGGCGAGUGGCGCGACGGACCGCCGAUGGGCUCCCGCCGCUAGAUGUAGACAGGCCCAGGCCUUCUCGCUAGCAACUCGAGCGGGACUCCAAGCCCCUUGUAUCAAGCACACCGCGCGCCCUCCGACGCUACAUUCACACCCUAGGCUCCCGCCGCCGAGGCGCGGUGGCGGCGGUGCUCGAGGGCGCGCUCUACGUGUGCGGCGGCGACGAGGACUGCGACGGCGCAGAGGCGGAGUCGCCGGUGCUGCGGUCGGUAGAGUGCCUCGUCGCAGGGGCGAGCCAGUGGCAGCCCGCCCCGUCCAUGGCCAUGGCGCGCUGGAGGGCGGCGAUGGCGGUGUUGUGAGCGGCAGACAAGUAGACAACUGCGGAAGGAUAUACUGUACUGCUUUUCGUUGAGUGUGGCUUG